AGAACCUCUCAAGAGUAUCUUUGUGGCUUCAUCAUUCCAUUAUCCGUGACUGCUGUAUUAACUAUUGCUGUAGUAACUAUGGGGUCUGGCCAUGAUACCAGCACACCAUGUUCUGUCACAUCCGCUUUCACAACUGGAGGGGAAACGGUCGAAGGCUACGCCCUAUUUGGAUACACUUUUGAAAAUGUUUCGGUGACAGGGCAGUUCAGUUGUUGGUUAGAAUGUCAGCAAAAUUGCCAGUGCGUUUCUUUUAACUUUCUAACAAAUGUUAAAAGAGACAACUGCCAGCUGAAUAAAGAGGACAGAUUUCAAAGGCCUGGCUCAAUGAAAGCACUACACGGAUCUCAGUAUUAUGAUCUUAUGACCGGCUACAGAGUUCAGGUACAAGUAUUCUUAAUUUUUGCGACGUUUGAGCGGAACUUAACAUUUUUCCUCAAAAUAUGAUAGCAGGUUACUUUAAACUUCGCUGAGCAUUGCACAUGGAUCGUUAUUAUUGAUAUCUUGAAUAUACACACGACCAGCGGAUAUUACUGAGCUUUAUGGGAUCGAUAUUACCGGAAUGGGCCCUAUGGAGGUUUCAACCCCAGCUCCGUUAUUCAGUAUUUUGUGAGAACAUUUACGCUCAGAGAGUCUCUCUCUCCACCCAGGGUAGCCAAAUGCUGGGGGUAGCCAGUGGUGGACAGUCAACCAUUCAAAGAGGAAAAGCAGUUUAGUGGCUUCAUACAUGAAAAUCAAAAUAUGCGAAAAUUCGUAUGUAAUUCAACCUUAGCCUGCAGCACGCUUCUCUUUCUUCCAGCGUUUUUCGGAAAAAUAAAGGCGAGCGCGAGGCGAAUGCAAGCAAUUGCGAGGCGAGCGCGAGAAAAGGCGUGAAGGGUAAUACACGCGCAUUCAGGAGUUUAUCUUUGCGCUUGUUUUCUCGCUUGUAACUCGCCCCUCACGCUUUUUUUCACUCCUGCCUUAUGUUUGCCUACGCUCGCCCGAAAAUACAUAGAAAUUGACGCUUAUCCCGUAGACUUAUAAAGUUUUGAUAUUUGAACGAUAAAAUAUCUGUAAAUGUUAAAGAAAUUAUUGGCUUUUGACCCACUCUACUAUCCCGCUCAUUGAGAUUUUGAAAUAUGGCUUCGGACCCGUUAAGUUAUCCGGAAUUUCGACAAGCGGCCAGUUAGCUCCUUAGUUCCGGGGUCUGACGCGCUCACAGUUGGGUCACGCGACCCUCCAAACCAUCCAUUUCUUUUUCAUAAAUAUAAGCCAAUCAGCCGAGUCCGCGUUAGAAUGUAGCUAUGUUAUAAAACCAAAUGGCCCAUGUGAGGGACAGUAGGACAGUAACAAUAGUGUUAACUCCUGAAUCUAUUAAAUUUGUGGACUCAAAUCAAGCCAUUACAGAAUAUGCUAACCAUGUUGAUAUAUCCUUUAGGGCCGAGAUCAGCCGUGUCUUAAUGGUGGAUUAUUGCGAAAAAGCUGCGACUUGAUGGGAACAUUCUUUGUCUGUGAUUGUGCUAAGGGAUUUGUUGGUCAGUUUUGUCAACAUGGUGAGAUAUCACUUGUUAUAAUCCAUCGAAUAUCUUUGCUCACACGCGAUCGGUCCAAACGCAUCCCGUGACCGAAUAUCCCCCAGCUAAAACUGGGGGAUAUCCGACCAUCGGAUAAGGAAAUCACAGAGUUUUCAUUGGCUUAGCCAUCAUGGGUUAGGAGCCAUUAUGCCAUGCGUGUGCAUGAGGACGAUUUAAACCGAAAGUUUUUUUAUACGUGGUACACUCCGUUUGUUCUUACAGAAUAAAGUUGGGAAGAUUUAUCAAUAUUUUGGGGAGUUUUUAAUAAAAACGUUAUUCCACUCGCACAUGUUGGAUAUAGGAUGAUUAUAGCCAACUCGGCCUUACGGGCCACGUUGGCUAUUCAUUAUCUUAUAUGCAACAAGCGCUGGCGGAGUAGUGAAAUAUACCUCAAAUGAUAUUUCCUAAUUUUCAAACCUUAUGUCCAAUAUGGAAAACUCUGCGCACAAAAUUUAAUUCAAGAUCAAAGAACAUUGAGUGGCUAUACAGAAUGAGGAAUAUAUAUUUUUUUGUUCGUAAAAUCGUACCAAAUAACACUGAAAAGCGAACAUCUGAAGCCGUAAAGGAAUAUAUCUUUUUUUGUUCGUAAAAUCGUACCAAAUAACACUGAAAAGCGAACAUCUGAAGCCGUAAACAGUUAGCUGUUCGUAAACAAUUUUCCCGCGCGUUGACCGAUAUAUUUGAAGGACAACACAAAAGCCUCCAUUUGGCCUGAAGAAAUGCUCGCGUAUUUGUCUUUGAACAUUAUCUGGUCCUCAAAGCGCAUCUCGGGAAAGGUAAUGUCCGCGGACAAAUAUCCAUGUAUAUUUUUGCGACAAAUGGAGGCGGUUAGCGGGCGAUUGUUGAUAGACCAUUAACCAAUUAUCGAGAGGCAUAUUGACUAGGCUAUCUAUAGUACAUCUUAUCCCUUUUGUUUCGUUGUAUAACACUUGAUUAAAAUGCACUUCGACAUACAGAUUGUCAGCAAGUUCUUGGCAUGGAGAGCGGCAUUAUCUCGGACGGACAAAUCAGCGCCUCUUCCGAGUGGCAUACCGGCAAGUUUGGGGUCAACAUGAGCAGACUGAAUAGCCCUAGAUCCUGGAAAUCCGGCACCAAAGAUAACUACCAAUGGCUGCAGAUUGACCUGGGCAAUCCACUGACCACAAUAACACGUGUCGCCACACAGGGAAGGGAGAAUUCACAGAACCCACAGUGGGUGACUAAAUACCAGUUGCAGUACAGUGUUAAUGGAAUAAGUUUUCUGUACUACAAAGAACGCGGACAAAACCUACCUAAGGUUGGUGAGCCUGCGUUGACAACUCGGCAGUUUUUAUACAUAUUUUCAAGGCUUAAUUUGAGGAACUGAUCUCAUUGUGACCAUUUCAAAAACGAAUGCAAAAUUGUCAUGGUUGAGAGAGUAAGCAUUAAAUUUCUCCCAACUGUAUCACCCCUAAAUCAAAUAUUAGGGUCAUGAGAAUGAAGGAAAUGAUCAAGAACUCGAGAAGCUUAUGAUUGUUAGACAAAUUCUCCUAGUAAGUGCCAUAAGAAAUGUAUAGAGAACAGUCUGGAGAAAUUGCAUACUUAUCGCUAACGCAAGGUGGUCGAAAUCACUCGUGCCUAGUAAGAACGAUGGCCUGUGACACUGGCAAGGAGGCCAUCAGACAUGGUCCAACAACCUCAGAGAGGUAAACUAGCAGUCUAUUAACUGCCGUUAAUAGACUGAUAAAUGCCGUAAAAUGGGCGGAAUAAACUUAGCUUGGGCUGCGAGCAGGUCCUCAUCAUCAGAACGUCGACAAAAACGUUUUUUUCGAAAGCAUGAAGCCUAAAGCAAUGUUAGCCGUCGAUAAGUCUGCUAGGAGUCGAGCACUGAUAAUGAUAGACUGGUUUAGCAAGACGACGGGAACAUCAUUCCAGAACGGGACAGAACGGGAAAGCGCGCGGAUAGUCUGGACACGACUCUUUUUCGACUUCCGUUGAUGGUGUUGCCGCUCUCUGUCCCCAACAGGUUCAGGACUUCAUUUCGCUACCGAGUUAAUAUUUUUCAGUGGCAGAAGCUGGCUAACCCCUACCCGACUCGUCUUAAAUCUUCCCGUGUGAGGAAAAAACCCGCGUUUUGCACAACCUUGCUUAGGAACCUGCUUGAAAGCUUAACUUAGCCUAGCUAUACUAGAGUAAAAGGGGAGGACUACAACAUUUACAACCCCUAAAAUUAUAUUUUUUUCAUUCCCUGCCAUAGAAUUUCUCCGGAAAUACAGACAGAGCCACCAUUGUCUAUAAUGAUCUGAGCCCACCAAUCAGAACACGUUUGAUCCGUUUUCGACCAGUAGUUUGGAACUAUACAAUAGCGAUGAGAGUGGAGCUGUAUGGUUGCCAUGGUAAUGAAGAGCAUCUUUAA